AUGUCGGCCCAUUACCGCAGCAUCUUCAACAUGCUCUAUUCUCAGACAUGCUGCCUGCUUCAAGAAUCCAUGCAGAAAUCAUCAAAAUAUCCAGACAACGUACAAAUUGAGUACAUCCAAGCUUGGCUGCUGCUGGCCCAUUAUGAGUCCUUGCGGAUGAACGAGUCACAGGCCAUGCUGACGUCCGGCCGCGCGUUCCGCCUUGUCCAAAUGGCGCGGCUGUACGAAAUGGAUGCGAAUGAGCAGAACUUUUGUGCGCUCAAAAGACCGAAUGCCAAUCAGGAUGAUAGCUUCGCUGUCUCGGAGGAGAGGAGGCGCACGUUUUGGGUCAGCACACGUCUUCCGGCCCCUGAAGUCAACUUCCAGAACAGCCAGCCGAUCAGCACCGACUUUCUCUCCGAAGCCCUGACCAAAGGCGUAUCGACCACGCUGUCACCCUUUGCCGAGUGCGUUGUACUCGUCACGCUCCACGGCCGCUGUAUGGCCCAUCGUCGGGCGUCUUGCAAGGAGAGUGGCAAGGAGCCACGUGGAGUCUGGGCCCGCCACGAACGGCUGGCCUCAGCCGUCGAGCGCCGCGUGGCUACACUCGCACAGAUACCCGCAGCCCCUACUGUCGAGCGCGACCCAAUGCUCUUCUUCACCCGAAUGCUGGCGCACAGCGCCAUCGUCUAUCUCGGCACCACGUUGCUCCAGAUGCCUUGGCAGGCGGCCGAGCAUCAGCACAGCACCAGGGGUGUUGUGCUGGUGUACGAGCAGCACGCCUCUCGUGCCGCCCUUGAGAUGGCGCGCCUCGUCAAGGCAUCGCCCUCGCUCAGCCGCUUCAAGGCUCACCCUUUCUUGCCCAAUUUGCUUGGUUCUGCUUUGGCAUAUCUGAAUACCCAGACUGUUGUCAGUGACGGUCAGCCUGGAGCCGAGGUCCUACUCCAACUGCUCAGAGACCUGCGGGAUGUGAACAGCCUGGCAUUUGACAUUUGCUCGACUUUAGACGAGACUUGGCAUUGA